AUGAAGUUCACCGCACUCCUCUUCACUCUCAUGGCUGCUGCCACCGUCAGUGCUUCACCGGCCGACGACCCACAAAUUCUGGACGUUUGUGGCUCCGGCUACGGUGGUGACCAAAGACGUACAAACAGUGGUUGCCAAUCUUCAAACGGAGACCGACACUUUUGUGGUUGUGACAGGACCGGCGUGGUCGAGUGCAAGGGUGGAAAGUGGACGGAGAUCCAAGACUGCCACAAGAGCUCCUGCCACGGUAGCAACCAAGGUGGAGCCGUCUGCUAA